AUGACGGAGAUGUAUUCCGGCCUCCAUGUGGGCCAGCGGUUUUGCUCUCUAGAAGAGUUCAAAACAGUGGUACGGAGCAUAUCAGUGAGACAACACUGGGAGCUUCGUGUGGUCCGUAGCAACAAGAAGAGCGUGGUUAUCGGAUGUCGAUCAUCGGCAAAUUGCUUCUUUCGUGUCGUCUGUCGCUCGAACAAAAAUGCGACCUACAUCACUAGUCUUCAAGACAGCCAUAGUUGCCGUCGGAGUGAAAAUUCCCCUGAGGACACGCCAGCUCGCUCUGAAGCUUCUCAUGUGCGAUUUCUGCUGAGUGAGAUCCCGAAGCUUUUCGAUAUGAAGUCGAAAAUACGAGCCCAGGACGUUGUGGAUGCUGUAAAACGUUACCAUGGGUAUGACAUAUCUCUGCGCCAGGCACAGCGAGCGCUUACCAAACUUCAACCACGACAUGCUGAGGGCCAGGAUGAACAUGAGCUGAAUAUCGAGAUGAGUACGGAGGAACGACAGUCGCCCGAGCAAUCCCCCGAGUCGCAAGGGGAAGGGGUACACGCAUAUGGAGACAUAUCUGAGAAUCACUGGCUUUCCGAGCAUAUCGCAUCAUCAUCAAUUGAUGAUGAUAACGUGUCCCCAAUCAAGACCCCCAAAAACCACGUACUUGCUCCACCAUCUAGUUCCCAAGCCCUGCCAUCUCCACCCCAGGUGCCACACGUACAUAUUCCCACAUCAAACCAACCCUCUUUUAAUCACAGCCAACAUCCAAUGUCUAUACAAACAGGGGCACAAUGUCAGACCGCUGCCUCUUUACCAGUAGGAAUGGCUGGGCGUCCGAAAGACUACCCUGAGCGCAGUGAUCAUGAUGCCGCCCCCCAGAUGGUUCUUACCAAUUUCAAGAUUGAAUUCACCUGCACAACCUGCGGGUCACUGAAUCAGAGCUUCUUCCCAAACCAGGGCAAUGUCACCGGUGCCAGCUAUAUGGUCCAUCAUGCUGUACCGAGUCCUGGCAUUAUCCCAAGACACGGGUCUACUCAAAAUGGUGUUGGUGGCAGUAGCAAUGCAGUCGGCGAAAUCCCUGCUUACGAGGUUAAUGCUUCCAACACAUCUACCAUUCAGAAUGCCUGGUCUAGUGAUGGCCUAGGGGUUCAAAUUGGAUCGGCACAUACCUAA